AUAAUUAACAAAUUCACACGAGUGUCUGUGUGAUCAUCUGCUAGGGGUUUGUUUAGGAUUUUUCAAGUUUGCAAAUUAAGAUUAGGGAAGAGAGAAGAAACUAGAAAAAAAAUGUGGCCUUUUUGGUGGAAAGGAGCAUCUGGGUUCUCAGCUCGUUCAACAGCUGAAGAAGUCACUCAUGGAAUUGAUGGUACUGGUCUCACAGCUAUCGUCACAGGAGCAUCAAGUGGUAUUGGGGAAGAGGCAACACGUGUUCUUGCUCUUCGUGGUGUUCAUGUUGUAAUGGCUGUAAGGAACACAGAUUCUGGUAACCAAGUCAGAGAAAAGAUACUUAAGGAAACACCUGAGGCUAAGAUUGAUGUAAUGAAGUUAGAUCUUAGCUCAAUGGAUUCUGUCAGGAGCUUUGCAUCAGAGUUCAAGUCUUUGGACUUACCCUUGAAUCUUCUCAUCAAUAAUGCGGGGAUUAUGGCAUGCCCGUUCUUGCUUUCAAGCGACAACAUUGAAUUACAGUUUGCAACAAAUCAUUUGGGUCAUUUUCUGUUGACAAAGCUUCUUUUGGAGACAAUGAAGAAAACAGCUAAUGAAAGCAAUAGAGAAGGAAGAAUUGUAAUUGUUUCAUCAGAAGGUCAUCGAUUUGCUUAUGGGGAAGGGAUUCGAUUUGAAAAAAUAAAUGAAGAAGCAAGUUACAAUACGUUGCAAGCAUAUGGUCAGUCAAAGCUCUGUAACAUAUUACACGCUACUGAGCUUGCUAGGCAGUUCAAGGAACAAGGUGUGAAUAUCACUGCCAAUUCACUUCAUCCCGGAUCCAUUAUGACCAAUCUUUUGCGCUACCACAGCUUCAUAAAUACAAUCGGUAAUGUGGUGGGAAAGUAUGUUCUGAAGAGUAUUCCACAGGGAGCGGCAACUACAUGCUAUGCAGCGCUACAUCCGCAAGCAAAGGGAGUGAGUGGAGAAUACUUGAUGGAUAACAACAUAUCUAAUCCUAAUUCUCAGGGUAAAGACAAAGAUUUGGCCAAGAAGUUAUGGGAAUUUAGCUUGAGCUUAACUGGUGAAGAAGAAUCAUAAAUACCUUACAAAAUUACAGUAUUACAGAUAAAGAGAGUCUCGUUUAUAUACAAUGCCGGUUCAGUUUCUAAGGAAAAAUCAAAAAUCUUAUGAAUAAAAAGUUGGUUUGUCAUUACAUAUCUCAGUCUUGUAUAUAAUAUAGUUAAUCUUACAAAACAAAAUGAGAUUUUGUGCAA